AAGGCUGCUGCUUCCCACCCUGAGAAGUCAGGAUAUGUUUUUACCCCGAGUAGGAAAGCAAUGUCACUACUAAUUAUGAAAGUUUAGAGAAUGUCUGUGAUUCUCAUGACUCCUGGAAUGUCAGGGAAAGGAGAGCCAUUCUGCCUCCCUCCCUCUUCUGUAUGCUUACUCUCAAAUUGCAAACCAGCUUUCACUCUAUAGUGCCUUCUUCAAACUGUGUUUUUGUUUUUUCUACCAUAUCCUUCAUGAGGUUCCAUGAAAGUCAGUCAGUUCUUUGUGACUUUGCAUCAUGUGGUAUGAGUUCUUUCCUUGCAAGGGACCACAAGUAUCCUGGGGCUCCAAGGAUACCUCCCUAUGUUACUUUGCUUAAGCUUUGUGAGCACUGUGCUCUACUGUGCUGAAGGUUAGUCUUGUUUCUUUUCUGUUUCGGACCAAAUCCUCACAAAUAAGAAUUUUGAGAUGCCUUUUUUUUUUUUUUGCAACUUCAGUUCUCCAACUGAUUAUUGGCUUCAGAAUUAAGAUUAUUAUGAAAUCUUUAAAGUAGUGCAUAUGUAUAAUCGUAAAAAUGGAACAUUGCACAUCAUACAUAGGAUGUGAGAUUUCUGAAGUGCCUUUAUCUGAUGCUGCUCAGAGGAUUAUGUCAGCUUUACAGUCUGUUCCUACAGGAAUUCAGACUAGCAGAAAAAAUAACCAGAGAAAUCAAUGAUUCCACAAUUGCAUUAUUAAAAUCAUCUGCCAGCCCUGCAAGAAGUAUUGCUGGUCAGAAAGUCAGGACAGUAGAUACCAAUGAAAUGUUUUCCUAUCAAGCUACCACAAUACCGAGCUUUUACUGGGAUUUAGACUUACCUAAAUGGGAAUACGGAGAAAAAAAUCUUUCAGUAGGAGCAAAAAACCUGAAGCAUGGUGAAAAGAAUGUAGCUACUCCCCUUAAAAGAAAGCAAGAUCUACCUACAUGUCGUUUGGAGAAAAAAAGAUUAGCUGUAAAGAACUACGCUUCACAUGAAAGCAGAUAUAACUGGACUUCCAGACGAGCAGAAUUUUCUGAAAAUUAUCCUUGUGAUAUCAGGAGUUUGGGAUAUGAAGAAAAAAGAGAAUUGCUUGCAAAUAUAGAACAAGCAGUGGCUUUUGUAACUACCAUGCUAUUUCAAGAUGGUUCUUCACAGCUCAACUCAGAGCAGGUCUUAACUUCAUCAGUAAAAGGAAUCGUUAUAUUAGUGAAGAAUCAGACAGAUCACCUUUGUUCUCCCAGUUGCUCUUCAAGUGGCUGUACUCGGAAUGCUGCUGAUGAAAGUGACAAAUUAAUUUAUUUAAAAACUGAUUGGUCACCUCUUUGGAAACAAGAAGAACAGGCUCACAAGAAAUUUGCUUGGCAAGUGUUGUUUCAAAUGCUAUGUUGCAAAGUUCCAGUUAUUUGCUUCAAUGCAAAAGAUUUUCUGAGGACAGUACUUCAAAUUUAUGGUAAUGAAAUUAGCUGGAAACAAGUUGCUGAUAGCGUCGUGUUAGAUCCAAGGAUUGCAGCAUGGCUGAUAAACCCCAGUGACACAGUUCCCUCUUUUGAAUGUUUGACGCAGAAGUAUUUUGAAAAAUCUUUUUCUAUGGAAACAGAAAAUACAGAUACAGGCACUUUGAGAAAUGCAUGGUACCAAAAUUUAGGUGUAAACUUGGAGAAGCUUUAUAAAGUAAUGGCAGACCUUACUCAUGACUUACAGGUUCAAGGUUUGUGGAAAUUAUUUUGCACAUUAGAACUUCCACUGAUCAAAAUUCUGGCAGUGAUGGAAACACACAAAAUACAUGUGAACAAACAAGAACUGAAAAAAACAUCAGAGAUUCUGGGGCUGAGACUCAAAGAGCUUGAACAAGAAGCCCAUCAGAUUGCUGGAGAACGAUUCCUUUUGACCAGUAGUAGUCAGCUUAGAGAGGUACUAUUUGAAAAGUUAAAACUGCAUACACUGUGUGAGAAAAUUCCAAGAACUGAAAGGCAACAAGUGGCAUCCACCUCGGAAGUCGUGCUGAGUAAGUUGCAAGAUCUUCAUCCUUUGCCUAAGAUAAUGUUAGAAUACCGGCAGGUUCGUAAGAUAAAAUCGACCUAUGUGGAUGGACUACGAACAUGUAUGAGAAAGGGAUUUAUUUCCUCUACAUGGAAUCAGACAGGAACUGUGACUGGCAGAAUUUCAUCCAAACAUCCAAACAUUCAAGGUAUUUCUAAACAUCCAGUGAGAAUUAUAAAGAAACAGUAUAUAAAAGGAAAAGAAGAGGAAAUAGUAACCAUUUCCCCAAGAGCAUUAUUUGUUUCAAAGAAAGGAUAUACUUUUUUAGCUGCAGAUUUUUCCCAUAUUGAAUUAAGGAUCCUUGCUGACUUAUCAUCUGAACCAGAGCUUCUGAAACUGUUCCAAGAACCUGAAACUGCUGAUAUCUUUACCACACUGGCUUCUCAGUGGAAGGGGAUUCCAAGUGAAGAAGUGAAACAAGCUGAUAGAGAGCAAGCAAAGCGUAUAGUUUACUCAGUGGUUUAUGGAGCAGGUAAAGAACGUCUUGCUGAAUGCCUGGGAAUUACUCCUCUUCAAGCCAGUCAAUUUAUAGAGAGUUUUAUGCAAAAAUACAAGAAAGUUAAUGAAUUUACAAAGAAAACCAUUGAACAGUGCCGAAAGAAAGGUUAUGUGGUUUCCAUUAUGGGGCGUAAAAGACCACUGGUUAAUAUCAAUGCACAGGAUUAUAAACUACGCACUCAAGCAGAGAGGCAGGCUGUCAAUUUUGUUGUUCAAGGAUCUGCAGCUGACCUUUGUAAAAUGGCUAUGGUUGAGAUUUUUACCUCUGUUGUCACUUCUCCAACUUUAACAGCCAGGUUAAUUGCUCAGAUUCAUGAUGAGUUGUUGUUUGAAGUAGAAGAUUCUCAAAUCCGGGAAUUUUCAGCAUUGGUAAAAAGAACAAUGGAAUCCCUGCAGCAAACUACAGCCUUGGAAGUACCACUAAAGGUUCCCUUGAAAGUGAUUCUUACCACUGGGAAAUCAUGGGGGUGUAUGGCAGAAUUGCAGGAGAUGUAAAGCAGUCAUAGGGAUGUUAUUCAGUACCCAUACACCUCAUUGGCCUAUGCUGAUUCCUCACUGAAUCACUAGGCAACAGCGCUGCUGGAUCUUUCAUAAGCACCUAAUACUCUGCAUGUGAAUUUUUUUACUUCAUUUUGUCUGUAGCCCUAGGCAACAGCAGUGAGAUAAAACUGGUUUUUACCAGUUCAUUGUGUUUCCUUUAGCCAAGGUAACCAGCAGGGAGCUGCUUUUGUUCAGAGCUAAAUUACUACAUGUAAGAAACGAAGCAAGACAAUAUUAACCCUUUGGGAAUGCGACAAGUGUAUUUGAGUUAGAUGGAUGUUUAGAUUUUAAUAUUACAUAUUUUGUGAAGUGAUUGUGUAAAAAUACUUCUAAUCUGGCGUUAGAAAGACACUAUUUGAACUGUAUCAGCAGCUGCUCAACUGUUGUGUCCAGCUUAUUUUACACUUUGUGAGUAGACGGCAGCUGCUGGUGUACUGAAUGUCGUUUUCCACAGACUUAGAAAAGAGUUCCUUAGAAAUGGAGAGUUUCUACCUGAAUUUGUAUUUAGGAUUUUAGAGUUAAAACAAGUAAAGAAAAACUGCAUUAACUGCAUUAAAAUAGCCAGAUUGUUGCCAAUUGAAUUCAUUUAAAAAUCCAUUUGUACACAGUAGCCUUAGCUUACUUUUGAGGAAAUAUUAUAGUUUUGUCUAAUCUACUAUUUUUAUGACUGAUGUAUGGUUAGGUAAAUUUUGAGAUUCAGACUUACGGUUUUUAGGAUUCAGACUUUUACUUUUAUGCUUGGAUUUCUUAUUGAUAU